AUGGCUGCGGGUAAAGAUGUCGAUGAAAACACACAAAAUACAAGCAAUAUGGUGGUCAAUCACGACGAAUCUCCGGGGGCUUCACGAAGCAGCCGACCACCCGUCAUCUUCAACCCAGACUUUUUUGUGGAGAAACUCCGCCAUGAGAGCCCUGACGUAUUUCUGGAGCUGGUGCUAAGUAACAUCACUCGCCUUAUUGAUCUUCCCGGGACUGAGUUUUCCCAGCUCCUCGGCGAGGAGAGCCCCAAGACCCCAACAGGUGGAAACGGAGGCUUCUUUCGCUCUUUCAACUUCCUCAAACGCAAAGAUAAAGGUUUUGUGUUUGGGUCUCCGCUGACCGAGAGCUGCAUCGCACAGAUCUACCAGCUCAUUGAGUACCUCAGCAAAAAUCUACAUGUGGAGGGUCUUUUUCGGGUGCCGGGGAACAGUGUUCGGCAGCAGACCCUCAAGGAGCUCCUCAACAGUGGAGCGGACGUCGACCUGGAGUCUGGAGACUUCCACCCAAAUGACGUGGCCACGCUGCUCAAAACUUUUCUGGGAGAGCUGCCCGAGCCCUUGCUCACACAUAGACACUUCCACGCACACCUGAAGAUCGCUGACAUGACUCUGUUUGAUGAACACGGCAAUAAGACCUCGAUACCCAACAAGGAGCGACAAAUCGAAGCCCUGCAGCUCCUCUUCCUGCUGUUACCUCAAGCCAACCGCUCGCUCCUCAAACUGUUGCUAGACCUGCUCUACCACACCGCCAAGCAGCAGGACAAGAACAAGAUGUCCGCCUUCAACCUGGCCCUCAUGUUUUCUCCGCAUGUUCUCUGGCCUAGACACAUGACAGCUGGUGACCUGAAAGACAAUCUGAAGAAACUGAACAACAGCAUGGCCUUCCUCAUCAAACACUCACAGAAACUCUUCAGGGCUCCGGUCUACCUGCGGGAAUACGCCAGAGUGCACUUCAGUGGGUCCAAGGCUCUGCAGACCAAGGAUGAUCUGGAGCUGCUGCCGGUAAGCGGUUCUCCUGCCCCGCGGACGGUGUUGCCCCUGAAGAGGACGGCUGCUGUGGGCCCCGGCUCUCAGGAGCAGUGCCAGUCACCUUCUGGACAAUACACAGAGGAGGCGCUGAAGGAGCUGUUCAGACACGUCAACCACAACAUGCCGGACUCCGCCAAGAAGAAGAAGCUUGUCCGACAGUUAGUCAAGCAGACCACCUCAGGGACGCCUACCAGCGAGCACUGCCCUCCAGGUCCCAACAAGAAACACCCCCGUUCACGCUCCUUUGGUGGACUCAUCAAGCGUAAAGCUCGUGGUGAGCAGCUGACAGCUGAGAGGCGAGGUAGGCACAUCUCACCGGAUACCGUCACCAGGACAGGAAGAAAAUGUGGCAAAGAGAACGUCAUCCAGCAGGUGAACAGUCCAUUGACCGGUCUCCUGUUGGGGAAGGCGGGGCUGGUAGUAAAAAACCCAGAUUUCACUUUUAAAGAGAACAAAGCUCUGAAGGUUUCUGAGGAGACUCCCUCCGUCCCCAGGAAGUAUUUUUUUUCUCCUGUUUCCCAGCAUAUCUCGGCAUAGAACCUGACACUUCCUCCUCCUCAUCCUCCUCGUCUCCUGCAGG